UUUUGGUUCUAAUUUCAAUUGUUGAAUCGCAUCGGUCUCUUCUGCAGUUGAACCAUGGCGCGAGGAACUUCCCAGUCUCAAACCGCCUCCUCCUCUACCUCCCGUCCCGGGGUCAUGGCUCCCCGAGGUUCUGCUGCCGCCACGGCUGGCUUGCGUCGCCGCCGUCUUGGAUCCUCUGCUUCCGGUUCUGCAUCCGGUGCUGCUGCCGGACUCGGAGGAGGCAGCAGCAAUAUGCUCCGAUUCUACACGGAUGAUGCUCCAGGCCUCAAGAUCUCCCCCACCGUCGUCCUCGUGAUGAGCCUCUGCUUCAUCGGUUUUGUCACCGCUCUUCAUGUGUUUGGCAAGCUUUAUCGCAGCAAGGUAGCUCCCGAUGCCUAAACUGAAUGAUCCGAAUCAAUCCCUAACCCGAGUCCGAAUUGGAAGAGGUGCCUGUUGUUGCUGAUCUUUGUCUGGUAACUAAAUGCUUUUUCCCACUUUAUCCACUCCCUUGUGUUGCUCUGUAAAUGAUGGGAGGGUUGUAUCGAGUAGGAGUUUUGUUGUUGAAUCAAGUUUGCAAUUGUUGGACGCUAUUGCUUUAUGGAAGUUAACAAGUGGGUUUUGGGUGUUC